AUGUCCACCAAAGAUCAACAUGCCUCUGUCAGCAUUGACAAGCAACCUAUCUCUGAGGAUAUUUCCGAGCAGCCAGAGCCUCAAAGCCAGGUAUCCUCAGACGACGUCGACUCCUUGGACCAUAGCGUGGCCAACAUCGAACGAAUCUACAGAAAACUGGACCGUCGCAUCAUCUCCGCAUUUUGGGUCCUCUACUUCCUUUGUUCAGCCAUCCGGUCGAACGUAGGCCUAGCACAGACAAUGAACACAGACUCUGGCCACGACCUCGCAAGUGUGCUCCACCUAACCCGACACGAGAUCUCAACCGGUCUCGCCCUCUUCUACGUCUGCUACGUGGUCUUCGACCUCCCGUCGAACCUAAUCAUGACCCGUCUAAGCCCCCACGUCUGGAUGAGCCGCAUCGUGGUCAGCGUAGGCCUAAUUGGAAGCUGUCUCGCCGCUAUGAAGGCAGCCUGGAGCUUUUACCUCCUCCGCCUCCUCCUCGGCAUCGUCACAGCAGGCAUGUGGCCAGGCAUGACAUACUACCUAACCCUCUUCUACCCACCCUCCCGCAUCGGAAAACGCAUCGGACAAUACUUCACAGCCUCGCAAGUCUCCGCCGCCGUCGUCGGACUCGUCUCAGCCGGGUUCCAAAAAAUGGACGGCGCCCACGGCCUCGUCGGCUUCCAGUGGAUGUUCCUCGUCUACGGCGUCAUCACCGUCGCCCUGGGCUUCGGCCUGCUCUGGUGGUUACCGGACAGACCCACGGCGCCGGGCGAGUCAGCGCCGAAACGCACCUGGAUCAUGCGCUGGGUGCCUGCUACCGCGCCGGCGCUGAAAGGCGCUGACGCCGUCGUGCACUACCAUGACCUGAAGCGCGUGUAUCACUCGUCGGCAUGGACGCUGCGGGAUCUGCUCGCGGUGUUUUUGGAUUGGAGACUGUAUCCGCUGCUGAUUAUGUACUUUGGUGUUGUGGGUGUUGGGAUUGGCGUGCAGUUGUAUGCGAACUUGAUUAUCAAGGCUAUUGAUCCGACUUUGAGUGAUGUUUCGUUGAGUUUGUUGACGGCUCCGAUUUGGAUUAUGGACCUCAUAGCCAUCCUCCUCGUAACCCCCCUCUCAGACCGCUUCCACCGCCACCGUGCAAUCUUCUUCUCCAUCCCCGUCCUGCUCCAAAUUCUCGGCCUCCUCCUAACAACCUACGCGGGCACAGACGCCAACCCGUGGCCACGGUACGGCGGCCUCCUAAUCGUCGGAUUCGGACUAGGCCCAACAGUCCCGAUAACCAUGACGUGGACGACGGAGAUCUUCCAGCCGCGACACGGCGAGGUCGGCGUAGCCGCUGCGUCGGCUGUUGUCUCCGGACUCGGGAAUCUGGGCAGUAUCCUCACGACGUAUGCGCUGUAUUCGGGCUGGAAGAGUGACUACGAGGCGCCUGGGCGUGAGAAGUAUAGGAAGAGUAACCUGGUCAUGAUUGGGAUUCUCGGGGCGAGUAUUGUCUCUGCCGGGUUCAUGGAGGUUAUGUUGCGCUUUGUGGAUGGGAGGUAUCGGGGUGGUGAUGAUGAGGGGGCGGUUGAUGGGGCUGCCAGGCGGGAGGUGCGGCAGCGGGGGUUGCAUGGGUUGGGGGCUGGGGUCACGCGUUGGUUGAGGAUGGGGAGGUGA